AUGAUUAAGAGAUUCAAGAAACUCUUUUAGGGUUAAAGUGAGUUCCAGUCAUUUCUUACAAAAUCUAGUCUCACAAAGGAUAACUUUGUUUACAAACAAGAAGAUGUGGAAAUUUUAAUACCGUACCUAACAGAAGAUUAAAAUAUAAUCGAAUUUUUUUAGGUGUAUUAAGAAGAAACCUGCUAACUUUAUACAAUAAAAAUGAAAAUGCUUAUAACUAUUCAUCAGAUGCUCAACAUCAGCGAUGAAUUUGCCACAUAUUUCACUAAAAUUAAUUUUGCCUAUUUUAAUAAGCCUUCCUAUAAACCAGAAACAUUUGUAUUUAAGCAGGUAACAAAUGAAGUCUGGUUGCUGGAAAACCUUUAGAUUCCAUUUCUGCAGUAUUUGUAGAAAUUGGCAUUGAAUGUACAAGAGAUCAAAAGUUAUAGAAAUCACCAUUUCAGAAAACCUAUUCAUUAAUCAAAUCUUGUAGUAGAAUGCUUUAAAUUGCAAAACCUAGUCAAUUAAGGUUUAUCUCUUGUGCCGUAACUGAAAACAUCGCUAUCAAAUUUCCCUCAUGAUUUUCUUUUAAAGAAAUUGGCUAGCAAUCUCUAUUGUGAAUUGAGGCAAUUUUAAAGACAGUUGAUUAAUUCUCUCUCUGCUUUAUUGGAUACCAACUCUAGGGCCUCAAAUAUUGAGAUAUUUGAGUUCUUCAGAGAAGUGCAAAUUAUAGAGAAGAAGACCAUGUCAUAUUACAUGUUACACAAGUUGUUUGAUCCAGGAAGAAAGCUGAUGCCUCCUUUGUAAUUGAAAAUCGAUCUAAAAAGUGCUAAGCAUCUUGAAUAGUAAGCUUUAAAUGAGCAAUUAAAGAUUAAUUAGCAAAAGCAAAUGAGAAGUCAACGGAAUUCAAGAUCGAAUAGUUUAGAUCAGCAAUAACGAGUUUCUUAAGGUUUUAUUAGUUAAAGGGAACGGCGCUUCAUGAUGUACAGUAGAACAAAGAAACAAGACACGAUUUAGGAAGACAUUGAAAUGCCAACUGAGGAAUAAUAGCCAUCAGAGAAGAAAAAGAUAACGUAAAUGAUGGAUAAUUAAGUCAAUGACAUUCCUAAAUAGUUUGAUAAUUUGGAAAAUGAUAAUAUUGACAUCCAAAAGAAGGAGAGCAGUGAUGAGAGUGAAAUCAAUGAGAGAAAUAGUUAGAAGGAAACUAAUGACAUUGUUAAGAAUUAAGAAAGUACUAGUCAAGCAGAUUAAGAUGAAAAUUAAUAUAUUUGA